AUGAGGGCGACAGUGGCAGCUCUCCUCCUGUGUCUUGUGGUGUCAGCAUGCCGCAGUCAGGAGACUCCACCUGGCCCUCCUGGACCAACUGAGGGGCUACAAUCAACUGGACCACCUGGACCACCAACUGGAGGUCCUGACCCGACAGGCCAACCAACUGGAGCACCAGGCACACUAACUGGAGGUCCUGAACCAACUGGACCACCUGGCACACCAACUGGGGGUCCUGAACCAAUAGGUCAACCCACUGGAGGUCCUCAACCAACUGGAGGGCCCCAACCAACUGGUGGACCACAGCCUACUGAAGGCCCACAGCCUACUGGCUCACCAGGUCCACCAGGACCGCCGUCUAGGGUACUUUGUGGUUUCUGA